AUGGCUCUUAACAAGUGUUUUGCUAUCCUACUGGCGAUGAUGCCCUUAGCUCGUGCAGCCAUAGUUCCAGUUACUACGAUAAGCCAGCCAGAAGUGGCUGUUCCAGUAGCAACGAUAUCUCGGGUUGCGAGACUACCCGUGAAACUCGAACAACCAGAUGCACCUGCUCAGUACAGUUACGCCUACGACGUUCAAGACAGCAGCACCGGCGACUCUAAGGCCCAAUACGAGACUCGCAACGGUGAUGUAGUCCAAGGAAGUUACUCGCUCGUUGAACCCGACGGCACAAGACGUAUCGUUGACUACACGGCUGACCCUGCCAAUGGGUUCAACGCGGUCGUCCGUCGCGAACCAGCCACAGCUGUUGCUCCAAUCGUC